AUGAAUCGACUCUUCGGCACAAAGAACCAGGCCCCUAAGCCAACCCUGGACUCUGCAAUCUCAAAUGUAGACAACCGCGUCUCCUCAAUCGACGUAAAACUCGCCGCCCUCAACUCCGAACUCUCCACCUACCAAACCCGCCUCUCCAAAAUGCGCGACGGGCCCGGCAAAACCGCCCUGCGCCAAAAGGCACUCAAGAUCCUUCAGCGCCGAAAACAGUACGAAGCGCAACGCGACCAACUCUCGCAACAAUCCUGGAACAUGGAGCAGGCGAAUAUGAUGCAGGACAAUCUCAAGAACGUAAUGACCACCGUCGAUGCGAUGAAGACAACUACGAAGACUCUGAAAAAACAAUACGGGAAAAUCGAUAUUGAUAAAAUCGAAAGAAUGCAGGAUGAGAUGGCAGAUUUGAUGGAUAUCGGGAAUGAGAUUAACGAGAGUAUAUCCAGGGCGUAUGAUAUUCCCGAGGAUGUGGAUGAGGCGGAGUUGGAUGCGGAGUUGGAGGCGUUGGGAGAGGAGAGUCUGUUCGAGAAUCCGAUGGGGGACUCAGAGGCUGUACCAAGCUUUCUGCAGGAUGAGGUUGCGCCGCCGAGUUUUGUUGAUGAGCCGCCUGAGCAGGGAAAGGUCAAAGAAGCGGCUGGGGGGGUUGGCUAA